AUGAUGUUUUUCAACGCUGAUACCACUUCAGUAUUUUAAGUAUUUCCAUCAAAGUAGCUUGCUUAUACACAUAUUUUUCAUAUUUAAUCUAAUCUUAUUUUAAGUAUUUCAUCUAAUUAAGGUGUUGCUUACUAAGACUGUUAUGGAAAAGGGUAUUCAGAACCAUAUGAUGCAAGAUGUAGACCAUGGUAUAUUUAUGCAAAAAAAAAUGAAGGUUACUUCUUUUAUGAACCUUAUAGAGACGCAGUAAAUAAGAAUUUAGUCAUGACUUUAUCAAGUUAGGUGAAAUUUGGUUAGAAUUUUUAAGGUGUAAAUAGUGUAGCCUUCGACAUGAGCAAUCUCAUUGAGAUGUUUGUUAGCUCUUAAAGUUCAUAUUCUGUUUUAUUUCAUGAGUUCAAUAAUACUAUUUUCUAUCACCCUUAGCUGAAUGAUAAUAGUGUUAUAUCAUGGUAAGAUUUAGAAUUCAAAAAUAUGACAUAAAACUGUGUAAAAGAAAUAGAUUUAGAAAAGUGUAAUGAAGAAAAAUAACAAUUCAGCGAUUAACUAACAUAAACAAUAUAAUUUAUCAAAUUUGGAAAUUAUUCCAUCAAUUAAUAAAAGAAUUUAGAUUAACUAUAUUAAUAUUGGUCAAAAUUUGGUGUUAAGAAAAUUAGUUUAGUCUUUCCUUUGGUGAGCAAAAUUCAUAAAUAUAAAACACAAUAGCCAUACUCUUUUUCAAUAAUAUUGACUGCAAUCGUCAUCGAAGAUUAUAGCAACAGAUUUUAGCUAUUUAAUAUAAUUAAUAUUAAUUGGAUUAAAAUUCCUCUAAUUGUUGGAUUCAUUAUAGAUGAGACUAUAAAUAAAUCAUAUCUAUCCAAUUUAGAUUCUUUUAAAUAAACAUCAAAAAAUCUCAAUAUGGCAAAUUAAAAUUGUCUCACUUUCUAAGAAAAAAUCACAAGAUCUCCUCUAUUGAAUGUACCCUAUUUAGAUAAAGUAGAUUUUUCUUGGAAAUAUGAUAGUAUUAGGGAAAGACCUUAAACAAAAUUAACUUAAAAACAUAUCUCUAAAACCAUAAUAAGCUCCUCUAGAGUAUUGAAUUAAUAAGAUGAUUCAUACAAAGGCUCCUAGAAAACAAUUUAAAUUAAUAAAAAAUCUGUUAAACGUCUAAAAAAUAAAGGUUAAAUAUAAAAUUAAUAAAUGUAAAAGCAAAUUAAUCCACAAAAAAGUAAAAUACUAGAAGAAUUAGAGCCGUUAUUCUUAGAAAUGAAAAUCAUCAAAGAAACUUUUUAGACUUUAGAAAGCUUGAUAAAUUAUUAAAUUGACGCUUAAAGUUAAAAUUCUGAAGAUAUUAUGAAUGGGUUAUUCCAUUUUGCUAAAGCUAAAGGUACAUUUCAAAAGCUAUAAAAUCAAAAUGGCCUUAUUCACUGUUAUUAUAAUCUUGGUGUUAUUUCUUUAAUUCAAAAUGAUUUUUAAUUAGCUUAGGAGUAUUUUUUAUCAGCAAUUUAAUUUAACUGUAUGCAUCUAGACAUAGAUUAUUAACAAUUAGAAUUAUAAAAAUAAGUUUUUGUUUAUGAUAUUGAAUAAGAUGAUUAGUUAGUCACGUUGAAAAAAAAAAUUUUAUGUCUUGCUCAUAGCUUGAAGGAGCCUGCUAUUGUAGAAAUAUAUAAUUAAAUUGAAUCUAAUUUAUUUAAACCAUUAAAUAACUUUAAGUUGUAAUUCAAGCAUCAUCAAUAAGAAAGUGAAAAUGAAUCAUUGAAAAAUACUUUAAAAAAAUCAAUUGACAACUUCAGAAUUUUAGAAAAUUUAAUUAAAGUUCCAAAUUAAAAGGUUUCAAAAUUAUUAGAGCUUUAUCUAGUAUAUAAAAAAAUCGGAUGA